CUUUUCCACCCGCCUGCACGGCUUCGUUUGUUCCUGCACCGAGAACUACCCACACCGUACACGCUGGCUUCUAUUAUCAUUUUAGCUACAGUAUAGAGAGCACGGCGCCUCGUGCAUUCUUGCUUAAUCCCAUUCCAGCUCACUCGUUUGCUGCUCGCUACACAGUUCUUCGACCAAUAUGACUACUCCGACGGACGAACGACCAGAGCCGACAUAUGCCCAACCACCACAUCCCGUGCAUCAGAGCCAAAGCCAGCCUCGGACGAGUCAGGACAGACGCCCUUCGUUACCUUCUUACAACAUCCAUCGCGACGCAUCUCGUCAAUCGCUCGAUCGCAAUCGCACCGGCAGCUCACAAGAUGGUACUGUGGUGGGCGAUGGCGACGAACGGGAGAACCGUGCACAUCAAGGGAGGUCCGACGAUAGAAACUCCUCAAUCCAGCCCGAGCUCUUGCCUGCAGGAGGACGUCCGCGAUCUGCCAGCCAUUUGACUCUGGAAACACAGUAUGAACCCGGCGACCCUCUCCGCAGCAUGCAGUCUCCUUCCAUUACGCGUGAGCAAGCUCAUAGACUGGACGAUGAUCUCGAACUGUUGAAAGUAGAGCGACAAAUAUCACGGAACGAUGAGGAGCUUUCCCGACUAAAAAGCGCCGGCGAGACCUAUCGUUCGAGGUCACGCAGACGCGAAGAAAUGGUCGAUGAUUUCGAUGUCGCCACAAACCCCGUACACGAGAAGACCAAGAUCUACAAGCCCAUCGAACAUCCCGCAACCGGAAUUGCCAAGUUUCUGAAGAAGGUUCAUCAAUCGAAUGUCCUUGUACGCUGGGCUACUUACAUCGCACCGCUGACUCUCAUUUUGCUCAUACCCCUCUUGUUGGGAUUCUUCGUCUUUCCGAAAGCUACCGUCGGAGGUGUCUAUCUUGCUUGGUUCAUGAUCUGGUUGGAAAUCGUCUGGCUGACUCUGUGGGCCGGUCGAAUUCUCGCAAAGUGUCUGCCAUGGCCCAUUGGUGCUCUAUCCAGCUUCUUCACCAACAACAGCAAGAAAUGGCGCGAUAUGGGCAAGCAGCUCGAGUUGCCGGCAACGAUCUUUUUCUGGUGGCUGGCCAUAGAGGUUUCCUUCUUGCCGCUCAUGAUACAUCGCCAAAAGCCACCACAGACAGGAACCCAGCCAUGGAUGAACACCAUGAACAAAGUCUUGGUGUCCUUUUUCGUCGGCGCGAUCCUCAAUUUCGUGGAAAAGAUCAUCAUCCAAUUGAUAGCGAUCAGCUUCCACUUGAGAACGUACGCCGACCGGAUUGAAAUCAACAAAUUCCAGAUCGGCAGCCUGACGAAACUCUACACCUUCUCGAAGCAGAAGAUUGCCAUGGACGAUGCAGAGUUCGAGAUCAAGGAAGCAGAGCCGGGUAGUGGUGCACGAACACCGGGCGUGUUUGUCGCUGAAGCUGCCAAAACUGCCAAGCAGGGCCUAAGCAAGUUCGGAGAUGUUGCUGGUAAAGUUGCUGGAGACUUUACAGGCAAACAAGUAGUCAAAAGCACGCACCCUCAGCAAGUCGUGCUGACGCUCUUGAGCACUACUGGAGGCUCGCAGGUUCUGGCCAGGCGUCUAUACCGCACUUUCGCACGAGAAGACACGGAGACUGUGGUCUCAGACGAUCUACGCCCAGCGUUCGAAAACGACGAGGAAGCCAACAGCGCGUUCACCAUGUUCGAUAAGGACAUGAAUGGCGACAUCAGCAUGGAAGAACUGGAGGCAGUCUGCGUCGAAAUCGGACGAGAACGAAAGAGUAUCACUGCUUCGCUCAAAGACUUGGAUAGUGUCGUGGGCAAGCUUGACGAUGUCUUCAUGUUCAUCGUUUUCGUCAUUGUCGUGCUGGUCUUUAUCUCGCUGAUCUCGACCUCUGCUGCCGGAGUCCUCACGUCUGCUGGAAGCGCAGUCUUGGCCCUUUCGUGGUUAUUCAGUGCAACCGCACAGGAGUUCUUGCAAUCUGUCAUUUUUGUCUUUGUCAAACAUCCUUUCGAUGUUGGGGAUCGUGUUGGCAUUUACGGCAACACCGGAUCUCUGCUCCGUGGAGACGACUAUUUCGUCAAGGAGAUCUCGCUACUGUACACCGAGUUCAAGAAGAUGGAAGGUCACAUUGUCCAAGCCCCCAACAGCUAUCUUAACACGUUGUUCAUCCUCAAUCAGCGUCGAUCCGGUGGACUCGCCGAAGCGGUGUCUAUCACUAUCAAGUUUGGAACGACGCUUGAGCAGAUUGAUGGCCUGCGCACGAAGCUUCUCGAGUUUGUCAAGUCCGAGAAGCGUGAGUACCAGGGCAACAUCCUAACUGAGCUUCGCGAUAUCGUUGAGGUUCAUUCAAUGAACUUGAAUGUGGUAUUCUUCUACAAAUCGAAUUGGCAAAACGAAGGUCUUCGUCUUGCACGACGCAACAAGUUCAUCUGCGCAAUGAUGGUGACCAUGCAGGAACUAGGCAUUGAAGGACCAUACAUGCGCUUCCCUGGUAUGCGCGAGACGUUCCCGAUGUACCUAUCGAAUGUGCCGCAUCAGGCUACUGCAGGUGCCGGCCACGGCGGUCAUCCAGAUAACCCGCACGGAAUUGGACCCGAAGACAACACGGGCAAUCAGGACCCGCCGUUUGUUUCACCACCAAAUGAGAAUGAUCAUCCUGGCUCGCAAGGUCCACAGUCGCGUCUACGAAGUGGCAGCAUUAUGAAAGGCAGCAGGGCACGGGCAGAAUCACUUGCGCAAAUGAACAAGCGAGUGGACUUUAGCCUGGGUAUGAAAAGCUACGCAGCCAUGGGCGACAUGGCCGGUGAUGUAUACGAGGAUCGCAAUCGCGAAAUGCCACGCAUGCAAAUUGUUGAAGCCUCUCAAGAGCGUGAGCGUUCUCGAGCUUCCCAGGAGCGUGCUCGCGCUAGCGCUGAGAGUGCUCGUACAUCUGGCCGAGACAAUUUCAUUCCGGGAGGUCUCGCCAGACGUUCAACGGACAGUCGAUGGAGGAGUAGUAACUCUGUGCAUCGAAAUCGCUUCUUUGGUCGGAAGGGUGGUGAUGGCGCAGACGACUUGGCAGAGAAGGGAAUUUCCAUGGGCGAUAUCCCAGAAGAGGGCAAACAGCAUACGCCUAACGCUGGCCAACGCCUUGAUGCUCGCACAGGAAUGGUUUCUCCUGCUGCCUGGCGAUUAAACACGAAUGAAAGCAACAUCCAUCCUCCAGACACCAAUGCCCCACAGCUUCCCAGGCAGGUAUCAGGGACCGGUGAUCUAGGUGAGGUGCCGCAUGUACCUGAGGGACAUGGAUUCAUCCACAGGAGCCAGACAGAAGAUUUGGGAGCACAACGUGAUCGACGUUAUUAGGUCUCACAUAGUGCAUGUGAAGACAGUAGAAAUAGAUUAUGAGAGACGAAGCGACGCAUCGACAGAUUGGAAAUCAGUACACACACGUGGCCACGGGGCAUUCUUUUUGGGUUGAGGCAUAGCGAGGUAGAGAAAUGCAAGACUCGUAAAAUGCC